UGUGACCUAUCCAAUAGCCUGCAAACCUUGACAAAAGAGAAUCUCUCUUUUUUUCUUUUUGCUUUUGUGGGCUUUGAGAGUAACGACUUCUUCCUUAUAAAACUGCCAACGCACUAACACCAAAAUCUUGUUAUCUUCGCUCCAUAUCUACCUCUACACCCUCUAUUUUCUCUUUACUAUUUUUUGUUCUUAACGGCUUUAUGUUUUGUGUGUGAGGAAAAGAGAGAGAGAGUAAGACAGCCAAAGAAAAUUUUUAAUUAUGGAAGAAGAAGAUAAGUAUAUGCCGGCAGACUCUAUGCAACAGCAAUAUUGUAGUGCAAGAAUUAUGUCACCGGAGAUUGUGGAGAUAGGAGAAGAUAGCUUGAGCGUUACUACAACUGGUGCUACUUCCACUGAUGUUUAUGUGGCUGUUGGCAAAGAUGAUUUACAUGUCCUCAAAUGGGCUCUUGAUCAUGUUGUUUCUCCCGGAGCUCGCGUUUUUCUUGUCCAUGUUUUUCCUCGUAUAACUUACAUCAACACACCAGUUGGAAGAUUAGCAAGGAGUCAAUUGAACGCCGAGCAGGUGAGGGUUUAUAUCAACGAAGAGAAUAACAGAAGAAGAAACCUCUUGCAUAAAUACAUCCGUCUGUGUACUGACGCCAAGGUGACGGCCGAGACAAUGCUCAUUGAGAGCGAUGUGACAGCCAAAGCAAUUCUUGAUCUCAUUUCUGUUCUCAACAUUACCAUCCUUGUCGUGGGAAGAAAACGUCCACCUUAUUCCAGGCCAUUAAGGAAAAAGUUGGGAAAAGGAGAAUUCGUCAAAAAGAAUGCUCCGGACCAUUGUGAGGUCUGCAUUGUUCAUGAUGGGAAGAAGGUUCAGGAGGGUCAAGAGGUAGCAGAGGUUCAUUCAUCGUUGCCUUCUAGACCUAGAAGGCUACAGAUUUCUCGUGCCGUUCAGCGAAACUUCUUCGAAUGUUUAUGCUUUUCAGGCAAGUUUGAUCGGAGCUGAAAUGCAUGCUCCAAUGUACAAGAAUAUUUCUGUAUAAGUAGAAGCAGCCCUUAGAUCAAUUGAACAAAUAGAACUGUAGAAAUAAUGCCCAUGGUUAUACUGAUCUCAACUCCUACAUAUCUUUAUUUGAUGAUUUGGAACCACACAUGAUCUUAACAGAGGAUGAGGAGACGAACAAUAUUUUGUAAGAUAAAAAUGGACAACAUCGAUAUUAAUGUGAUGGUCAUUAGUCGUUACAUUUUCAAACCUUAUAUAUUUUCUUCUUAUUGUAAUUAGAUACUAUA